CCAGUGUGUACAAGAUAGUCAUGCAAUAAAGCGUCUGCUGGUUCAGAGUGCGAAGAGUAGUCUCUCCUACAUCGUUCUGAUCAACAAACACAUAAUAGUUGUUUUCCGAAAGUCUAUGAAGUCCCUUACAUAUAAAAUAUGGAAUGGGUUGAAGAAAAGAUUAUUUUGCUUGAAUCUCACAAAGAAAGCCUGGAAAGAUCAAUCCAAGUGCUGAAAUCCAUGUUCAAGCCCUGGUCACCACAGGUUUCAGAGUCAGUUGUUCAGCACACAUCUGAUUCUACCCCUGCAUUACCAGAUGGUGCUGUUGCGGCAAAUGUAGCAGUGCUGUCUUCAGAAGAGGCAGCUGGUGUAGCGAUGGUGGAGAGAGUUCUCAGCAAGGCCCAGAGGGCAAGGGCGAUACAGCAGCGGCUGGAAGACCCUAAGAAGUCAAAAGUCAAAGUUUUACAUGUGUCUGAAAAACAAAAUCAACCAGCACUUCAUGUCGACUCUUUAAAGUCAGACUCAACACAAAGAGGUGAAUCAGUCAAAACAAAUAAUGUAAACUGUGUGAUACAUGAUACCAGACCCUCCAACCAUGGAACAGAUAAUAACCAAAAUGGGAAUAAAACAAAGAUGGGAAAUGCUUAUUCCGGUCAAAGGGUCCAAUCUGUCAGUGUUAAGUCUGACAGUUCACUAAGAUCAAAGGUAUUGCAUAGACCUCAAAGUGCUUCAGGGGUCAAGCAGGUCACGGGGGCUCACACCAGUGCACCAUUCCAAACAAAUUCACGCAACAACAUGUCGGCGAUGCAGUCAACCUACAGAGCUAGCACUACCAGUGUCAUCCGUAAGACAAAGCAAGAAAAAGAGAAAAGUGCUUUAGGAGCAAAAAGAGAACCUGUUAAAUCCGCAACAGUGAAUAAUUCAAACAGUGGUUCACAUAGUAGUAUAAAUAAUGCCAAACAGAGCAAGCAGUGCAUGCAUGACAAACCCUCUAUUAAUGGGGAUGCUGUUGACCUGAAUGCUGGAACAGGCAAGAAGUGGGAAGAAACUAUGGGAGAUAUCAUCCCUGAAUCUAGGGUGAAUACUAAUCCAGACACAAACAGAACAAAUACAAAAGUUGAAAGUGACAGUGCCAAUGUUGUUGAAGGACUGAGUAAGCUUACUCUCAAUGAACAAUCUAAUAGAGGAACAAGAAAAAGCAAGGAGCAGGAAUUGGAACCAAAGUUGUUUACUUUGUCCAAAAAUGGAAAGGAUUUGAAGGUUCCUGUGAGGUUGAAGAAGUUAGCACACAAGUACAAUAAGCUGCAACUGAAGCUACGCACAGACAAGUUGACUCAAAAAGUGGACACACCCCACCCUGCUUCCACCUUUCUGUCACAAGUGGAGCAAACGUUUGCAUCAGGGGUAGAUUUGAUGUGUCAGCUACAUGCCAGACAAGCCCAGUACAUGCUAAAUGUGUACACAAACCUUCUGGACGUGGUCAACAGUCUGCACUUGGACACCAUAUCAGAGAGUUCACACCCUGCAGAUGUGCUACGUGCAAAAGUUUUGAUGGAAUAUGUGCUGACCAUGUUCCAGGAAACAGAGAUGCUACUGCAGAAGUCAGACUUCAGUGCUUUGAAAUCUGCUGACAUUCAGGAAAAUGAUGUCAAUACUUUAUCUACAAGUGUUGAUUCUUCUUCAGAGUGGGUGUGGUACUCACCCAGUAGGAAAUCAGUUGCCUCCAGAUCUCGUUCCUGUCUCCAGUACAGCAGCUACAGUGACUUGGAGCUCUACAUGUCGGCAGUAUUCAGGUUACAGAUGCUGCAGCUGCAGAGAGACUCCCAGGCACACAUUGCCAGUGAAGUCCUGACUCUACUUGAGGCCUUGGACCCUACAGCAAGUGAUUACAUCCCAGUUCUAAGAGCGUCCUACUCCAUGCUGUCCAGAAACCCCAGCAGAAUGCCAGUCAUCAUCCAGGACACGAUUGGUGGGGAUGAGACAAUAGAGGAACACAGCUGACAUCAGUCAUUGUGUGGUAGAUUUCAUCUGGCAACUGCUCAGGGAUAAGACUGCUCAGUUCAAUAAGCCAAUUGUGAUGUGAUCUUUGGUUAAGAUUUUUUUAUGCCCCCGAAUCGAAUGAUCGGGGGUAUAUUGUUUUUGGCCUGUCUGUCUGUCUGUCAUUGUGUGUGUCUGUCACUUAACUUGCACCUUGGUCAUAACUUUUGCAAUAUUGAAGAUAGCAACUUGAUAUUUUGCAUUUAUGUGUAUCUCAUAGAACUGCAAAUCUUCAAUGGUGAAAAAUCAAGGUCAAAUAUAUGGCUUCAAAGCGGCGCAGUAGGGGGCAUUGUGUUUCAUAAACACAGCUCUUGUUUUUACAUAUGGUGCUACUUCAAGUGUACUUGCAGUUUUCUUAAUGAACAAUAUUUAAACAUCAUGUUUUGCAUAUGUUGUAAUCGUUUAAUGUUAAAAUAAAGUUUGUUGCUUACAAGUUUUAUCAAUGUUAAACCACUGAUACAAAUUGCAACUGAUUGACAACUUGCUCUGUUUACUUAAGGUAAUUAUUGUUGAUAAUGAAAGUUCUGUCUUUCUUCUUCUUUCUGUAAUUUUGAAAUAAUUGAUGUUGUUGAGUGAACAUAAAUAUCAUAACAAUUAGAUAUACAGUCAAACCUGAGAACAGCGGUCAGUCAAGGGAAAUGACCAAAGUGACCGUUGUCCACAGGUGACCGUUGAAUUCGGAUCACAAUUUUUAGAUGGUUUGUAAGUUGGUAGUAUUGCUAUGUCGUUACCCAACCCAGUCGUUUGCAAACAGUGUAAAACAAAGGCUCAUUGCUGUUAACUAAGCAUAAAAACAGAAAUAACUUAUGUGUGUACAUUGAAUAAUACAGAAUAAUAUCUUAUAGAUUGAUUUAAUUUCAUCUUGUUAAAAUUAAGCAAUAACAUUAUCAACGCUGGUAUGAUUGUUUACUCAUGCAUCUCGUUCAUUCAGUAAAUAAAGUUUGUCACGUGCCGUUGACGUCACGGCCGUACAAGUCUAAAAAAGCGAUUCACUGUCAUAAACCGAUAGUACGGUGUAAUUGUAUUGUGAAAGUACCAUGUACUAAUAAGCGGUCAUUUAAUUACCGAUAAUUACUUUAAACGUGUCACAAACUCUGACAUAUUUUCUUUUGAAGAUACCCCCACAAUUAUCCCCGGAAAACAAACCGUCUCAACACCUUAUUAUUAGUUUACUUGCAGCAGGCCGCUUUUAUAAUAUUAAAGACAAUAACCGCUUUCAGACGCUUUAACCACAAAAUAGACGGACAAAUGAUGUGCUGUGUUUUUAAUUUCCGCGACUUGAGAAGACUGACGCAUGACCGUUGAUUUCAGGUCAAGCACGAAUUUCGGAGUGGAAUAUAGUGGCCGUUGGCCGUUAUGGCCAGGUGGCCGUUAAAUUCAAGUGUAAUAUAGAGUGUUUUUUGUCAGAUUGAUUCCAGACUGACCGUUGUCUGCAGGUGACCGGUAAAUUCAGGUGGCUGUUAGGUCAGUUUCGACUGUAUUACUAACUGUUCACAUUGAUUCAUACCGUAAGGAUAUAAAAAUGUAUGUUUUGUUAUUUUAUAUUUCUGCCUAUUGUCAAUAAAAAUAUAUUUAUGAUAAA